UCUCUCUCUCUCUCUCUCUCUCUCUUUCUUACGAUUUAUUUUGAUCCGAGUGAUGUUUAUGAUUGACCUGUAUGUUGUAUUUGUACGUGAUUACGACUGUAGUCUACAGUGUCUGUGCGAUGACAGAUGGUAGGGGGACGUGGCCGCUCUUUCCUUGUGCUUUCACAGCCUUCCGGCUUCGACACAUCUCCCUCCCUUGAGGAAUUAGCAUACUUCCAAGGCAAGGGCGACAGUGGGUGUAUAUUGCGAAGUCCCAGAUACAACCUCAUUUUGCCCUUACCUACUUUCUGUAGGUAUGGUGUAUUCGACGAAACAGGCUUUGUGGCCUCCGACGCUUCGCAUAAUCGCACUAUUUGAUCCCUUCCACAACAAUGGGCGCAUUGGAAAUCUCUCCAGUCAACCGUGACCGUCGAAGUGAGCCCGUCAAGCACACUUCCACCGUGGUAAAGACAAAGCUUUCGUCGGAGACUGCUACCAUCACAACAGACGGUAGUAAUAGGGACCAGACGCAGCCGCUCAUCCGCCGGCAGCUGAGUCCUGUCGCGCCGACUGUAUUUCCCAAGUAUACGCGAAGAAGUUUCAGGAGACUCACCGGCUUCAAAACUCUCUUUCGCUUCCGCAAAUCUCGGCAACCGGAUCUAUCAUUGAACGCAUUGGUUGAGCUUACCACAGGACCGGAGAACACAAGUGGCACCGUGGAGAGAUGUUGUGCGGGAUUUGCACCAAUUCCACAAUGCAGCAGUCAGUCAACUGAGGCUGGCGAGGCUCGCAAGGUGAGUGAUACCACAAUGUAUUCUCUUCAUUCGGAUCAAACCAGCGGGACGGUAUACCACGAUCCCUCCAAGCGUCUUUCCAUGCCCAUUGCCCUAGCGGACCCGACUCUCUGCCAGAACCCAUUCGCGGAUCCUCUGAAUGAAGUGGGCGACUCAGACGGUGGUGGGAACCAUACAAGGAAUACCACCCGGACGACCAGACAAUCUAGCUCCGAGUCAAGCCAAACGGGGGCCUCGUCGACCUACGAUGAUACGGAGAGUUACCAACAACUGGCCAACCCGUUCGCCGCAGCUAGCUCGAUUGGCUCGGGGAGUUCCUCGCGAGACAGUGUCUAUUUCUCAACCUCGGAUGAUAGUUCAGUGAUAGCUGAGGUCGAGCGGCGCGCCGCCGUGCUGGCAUUCAACGAACUGGCCUACAAGCUCCGGCUCCCGCCUCUGCCAUUGAGCAACAAGGGAGGAAUGUCGGGCGAUGGCUUACAUUCCCAGUUUUCGGAGCAGCCUCUCCCCACUACCGCUAAUGAAAAGGUGCCUUCCGGCCGGCGAGACCGACUCUAUGGGCGACUGCGCACGAUGCGGUCGACGCUGCAUCUGGGCCUGUCGUCGGAGGGGCCCCGCACCAGUCGGACUUUACGCCGGAUGAAAACGUUGGCACAUGUGGGAGGUCGGGCGAACGAUAUGACUUCACUAAUGGGGCUUUCCCUGGAGGAAUUGGCGCGUCUGGGGGGCUAUAAUUUACUGACGCUACCUGCCGAGUUUGCGCCUACGAAACUCCGAUUACCGGUAUGUUUUGUAGCUACGAUUACCGCUUUGGGACGAUUUGCUGCCCCGGUGCGCGACGUGUUCGUCGAUCCCGGCCACCCGAAAAUGGCUAUGCGGAUAUACGACCAUUUCGCCCAUUUGGUGCUGUCUGCCCUUCGACAACCCGACCGAAUCCAGAUGACGGUCGGGCGUAGCGACCUACCCCUGACGGCGAUCGAGCCUGGCGCUCGUGCGAUGGAUGACCCGAUGGUGCAGAGCAUCGCGCGAGCAUUUCAGGCACUACUGGCGGGUCUACCCGGAGGACUUUUGGGCUUGCCGGCACUAUAUCGGAUAUUAGUGAGCAUCAGCCAAGCGCCCCUGGUGGAUGACGGAGUGGAAUGGCCUCGCAGUUGUCUUCUCCGAGGAGCUUCGCUGCGGAAUUACGUCAAGGUCAAGGCCAUUGGACUCGCGCUGCUGGCCCUGACGAACACCAUGCAGCUGCACCUCAUCUGUGGAGUCAUUGGUCUCAGCGCAAUACUCCUGCAUGAAACGCAGCGACUAGCGCAGGAGGAGGCCCCGAGCUCUGGCCCAGGUGAGAGUGGAGGGCGGACGAGUGGGGGUUCAGGACUGUUGACGCUGGACCGGCUGGGUCGCGUGCUCGGACCGUUGCUGACGGGGCGGGAGGGGUAUGGCGACACGUUUGGGGCUAUCGCGCAGGAGAUAGAAAGCGAACGAGUUGCGAUGAUGCUCGUGGAGCACUGGCGUGGGAUCAGUCGUCAGUUACGCAUAUGGGAGCAUCGCAACCUGCCGAGACGACGCCGGCGAUCCGUGCAAAUGGGGCGUGCCAUGAUCUCAACCACGGAGGGAUGACUUGGGGAAGAGGCGAGAGGUCCGGGACUAUAUCCGGGAGCAAAAUGUUUGCUGGUCGGACGAUAGUCUACUUGUACUCGUAGAAGGUCAGGAAGCGAUAGAGGGUUUGAUAUGAAGUCAUUGGGGAUCCGCAUCAGGGGAAGAUGGGCGACGCUAGUGGGGUGGGGGGUGGGGUGCAAAGGUACCCAUAGAGUCAGUACUUUUGGGUGGUCGCUGUAUUUGUCCCCUUUUGCCAGAAUCUG